AUGCCAAGCUCAGAGCCUCUCGUGGUGGGCGUAAUUUUUCCGGCCAAGAAGAUCGCCCGGCUACAGGAGGUCCUGAACGUGGAGGAGGAUGGCGUGCGCUUCGUUCUGAUCGACUUAGAGGCUGCAACGCCAACAGGUGCAUCCGUGACGGAUCCCGAACUGGAGGCCGCAGCCCAGCGCUUCGCAGCUCGCAAUGGGCCGCUGGACGCACUGCUGCACAAACUAGCGCAUGAUAUGGUGUUCGCGGGACUGGGGGAUCAGUCCGCUGCCAAUCGCGUGCAGUUGGUACAGCUUUUCUUGCAACGUCACCCAUCCGUGCGUGUGGUAGACCCCAUCGACAGCGUUCGGCUGCUGACGGACCGCCACGCAGUAUGCAAAAGACUAAAAAGCAUGGAACAGAAUGGAGAUUCGCGGACGCAAAGCUUCAAGGUGCCCAGCUUCUACGAGGUGGGGACGACCGCACAGUUCCAGAAGUUACAGGAGGAGGUGGACACUGGACACUCGAGACUACCGCUCAUCUGCAAGUCCGUCGAGGCCUGUGGUGCGUUGAUCGGAGUGACCCCUUGA